CCGGAAACAAGGAAGUAGCGCAAUAGCACCAGCAGCAAAACUCUUCAUCGUUUACUGCUGGAUGUCACUCCCUGCGAGGUGUAAAAAGUAGACAAUAUGGGGCUCCUGUCUGACCCAAACAGAAGAAGAGCUCUGAUCACUCUCCUCACCCGCCUCAACGCUCCCAUAUGUGUGGUCUGCUACAUGGCGGGUGUGGCCUGGUUCAUGGGACUCGCCUUUGAGCCGUUCACUCUGCGGACCUACAUGUCAGAGAACGCCAUGGGCUCCACGAUGGUAGAGGAGCGUUUUCCUGCUGGAGAGAGGGCUCUGGCCACAGGCAGGGAGUUUGCAGCACACAAGAGGAAAGCUGGUGGUAUGCCGGUGGAUUGGCUGGUGAAGACCCUGCAGGCUCGCGGGCUUGAAGUGUUCACUCAAAGAUUCUCACGCACCCUUCCUUUCCCAGAUGAAAACAAAGAGAGAUUUAUGGUGAAAGGCACAAACGUGUAUGGAAUCCUGCGAGCCCCCAGAGCUCCACGGACAGAGGCUCUGGUCCUGAGCGCCCCCUGCAGUCCAGGAGAAAACAACAACCAGGCUGUGGGGCUGCUGCUCGGACUGGCACAAUACUUUAGAAAUCAGAUUUAUUGGGCUAAAGACAUCAUAUUCUUGGUGAAUGAACAUGAUCUGAUCGGCAUGCAGGCCUGGCUGGAGGGCUAUCACCACACCAACACGACAGGCAUGGACUGGUCUCCGCUGCAGGGUCGAGGGGGUUCAAUCCAAGCGGCUCUGUCGUUAGAACUGAGCAGUGACGUUGUGACCAGUUUAGACCUCGUACUGGAGGGUCUGAACGGGCAGCUUCCCAACCUGGACUUGGCAAAUCUAUUCUACGCAUUUUGCCAGAAGAUUGGAGUCCUCUGUACCAUACAAGGAAAGUUGCAGAGGAAUGACUGGGACAGUGUUUCGGGCUACAGUCACGCUGUCCAGACGAUGAUGCUGAUGGUGAUGAAGCAGGCGAGCGGUCGGCCCUGGGGAGACCACGGCCUGUUUCUGCGUUACCACAUCGAAGCCGCCAGCAUCAAAGGAAUCAACAGCUUCAGACAAUACAAGACGGACACGACCACUAUCGGCAGACUUCUUGAAGGAAUGUACCGUAAACUGAACAAUCUCCUGGAGCGUCUUCACCAGUCGUACUUCUUCUACCUGAUGCCCUCCCUGUCUCAUUUCGUCUCUAUUGGAUACUACAUGCCCGCGUUCGGUCUGCUCGCCGCCAUCCUCUUCAUGAGAGCCUUAGAUCUUUGGGUUCAACUGACCGCUCCCCCACUGCCACCAGAAGAGGGCGCCGCUCACAUUAAACAAUCCAGUCCUGGGGUCCUGUCGGUGUUGACUCCUCUGGUGAUCAGUCAUGUGACUGGAGCGGCUCUGUACGCACUGCCCAUCCACUUCCAGCAGGUGGCAGUAGAGCACUUCCCCGUGUCUGAGACGGAGGCCGUGGUGCUGACGGCUAUAGCGGUGUACACGGCCGGGCUGGCGCUACCACACAACACACACAGGCUGCUGUCUGGAGAGGGCACGGAGCAGGGCUGGAGGGUGCUGAAGCUGGUGGCGGUGCUGUACCUGGCCGUGCUGUUGGGUUGUACCGCUCUCAUUAACUUCUCCCUGGGCUUCAUUCUGGCUCUCACCCUCGUGCCCAUCGCCGCCUUUGUCACGCCGCACGUCCCCAAGGUCCUGUCAGCGUUCGUCCUGGUCUUCCUGAGUCCAGCCUGCACGCUCCUCUUCUCCGUCUUCUUCUUCCAGGAGCUGCAGGAGGUGCCCGUGAGCUUCCAGGAGGGUUGGAUGCUCUUCCUGUCCGUCAUAUCCCAGGGAAUUCUGGACCACUCCCUGUACGGCUCCCUGGUCUACCCCCUCAUCUCGCUGCUUGUCUAUCCCUGCUGGCUUCUCUUCUGGAACAUCCUCUUCUGGAACUAGAGCCCACGAUGGUGAGAUUUGAACGGGAUAUGGACAAAUUCACCGGUUGACUUUUGACCAAAGGAAUAGUUUGAGGGAAUGUGCUGUUUAUGCAUCGGUUAAUUCAAGAGUAUAGCGCCCUCUGCUGAUACUGAGGUCUCUGGGGAUGGAGGUAACUUUUUGUUUGAGAAAAUUCAAUUGUGUCAACUGGACAAAAGUUUUUUAGAGUGAAGACCACAGACUGUGUAAAGAAGUGGACUAAGUGAGUGUGAUGUGUGUAACUUGAUUUACGGACAAAAUAUUGAAAUAAAAACCCCAGGGUCAUAUAGAGCGGAUUUAUACGAACAUUUAAGACCAAAAUGACGAGUCUGACAGCAGCAGGUACAGAGAGGCCAUAGUUUUUCAAUGUAAAGUCUGAAGUGCGCACAUGAUCACUGUUUGGAACGAGGCGGCGGCAGGUUAGACAUGUCCAUUUAUAUAAACGUCGCUGCUCUCCCAAGUGGCUUCUUCAGCUGUGGUCAGGCGCUGCUGGACACUGCGUUAGAUCUAUGUGAAGGGAGGAGCUAACGACACUGAAACAACAGUUUAUUUACAUAUUCUGUUUAUUGGGCUAUUGAACUACAAACUACUUUUGCCUCGUUGACAGAAGUGAAUUUUCUUUUGCUGUGGAACCUGAAGGAGCGAUUAGCAUGUGUGUAUGAAGGGCUCUGUGUUUGCAGCUCAACACUGUAUAUUUAUUGAAAUUAUAAUCGUGUAAUGUUUUUCUUUUAAUGUUUUCAGCAAAUAAUUAAUUUCUCCUCACCCACAGUUGUUCAGGUUCAAACAGUAUGAAGCUCAACAGUGAGUCGGCUCAGGGUCCAGAAGGAAAUUAAUAUUUGAAUUUUUCACAAUGUCUGUGUGAAAAAUGAAUAAAGAGUUCAAAGGCAUCGCGGAGGCUAACGAGCUACGUGCUAACUGAUCCAUAACAUGUUAAAGUCCCAAAAGUCCGUUUCAAAUGCAAGAUUCUGCAAAAUAUUUUAAUAACUUGGCGGUUUAUAAAGUUUCAGAAACAGAUUUCAAAUAAAAUUAUAACUUUUGUCAUCAUUAGUUCCACGUAGCUAAUUGUCCCGUGCAGCUUUCAAACUUUUAAUAAAACAUUUUUUCAGAGUCUAUGAGAAAACUGAAUGUGAAAUUUUGAUCUGUAUCGGCAACUGGAAUAUUUUGCUUUUCUUUCACAUUCUGUUGAUUUAACAGUUGGAUCACGAACAUGUACAACAAACAUUAUGCAAACCUAUUUUAAAAUAUUUUUCCUUUUUUAUACUAAGAGGGAAAUUAUUUACAACACAUGACACUUACAGAAGAGAAACAUUACACUAAACUUAAAUGUACGGAGCCCGGCAUAGGACAUCUGCAAAAUAGAAUAUUAAUGCCACGAGAGAAUAUCCUGUGGGAACGACUUAAAAAAUAAUGUCACUACCUUAUGAUAAUUAAGUUAAAUAUCUCAUGCGCACGGGAAAAUAUAUGUAUAGAACUUAUUAUGUUCCCUCCAGAUAAUAUAUUAUUCUCCUGAAGUCAUCUGCGGGGCUCUGUAUAAUUGUUCCAAUUGUUUUGCCUUUAAUAUAAAAUGUUAAUGUUCUUUUUGUAGUUUUGUUGUGUGUACGUUUAUGGGAGGUGGUUUGUGUCUGACUGCUAUAUUUGACUGCCUUUUUAAAUGUUUUUUUAUUUAUAUUGUUGAAAUAAAAUGUGAAAUUAUU